CACUAGUUUUUUUUUCCGGUGCAAAAACUCGGAAGUCAUCGGGUACAGUCGGAAAUACUUCGUUCGACUUGUUCUAUUUCUCUAGUGUGAUAACUGAUAUGAUAACUCUGUAACUCUGUUCUGCUUUAUAAAGGUGAAAAUAUAAAAUACCAUUAUGAACUACGUAAUAUGAUUACUUGAUUACUUAUUCAGCAUGCAUUUUCCAUAAUAUUAAUCGUUAUAUAGAUCAUUUAUCAUCAUUUCAAGGUGGUUUUUUAAUAAAGUUAAGCCUGAUAGUGUUGAUACAUAUCAUUCAUCAACUGAACAUACUCCACAAAACAUAUGUACGCAAAUUUGGAAUAUAUGAGUUGAAAAACAAUUGUCAAAAGCUCGGAAAUACGUAAUAAUCUACCUAAUUCAACUUGUUUACUGUUUUUUCAUAUUUUCUUUCUAUGUUCGCGGUGAUUUUGUCAAUAAUCUUCGCCUCUGUACGUAGUGACCGUGGUUUUUCAAUCAACAUCAACUAUCAAUGUCGGGGAAGAUUAUCUGACGAAUUGACGAUCAAAUGAUAAAUACAAGUUGAACGAAGUACCGCCGACAAUACCCGACGGCUUCCGAGUUUUUGCACCGGAAAAAAAAACUAGUGCACUUUAACGUCUAGUGAUUUCGACUCGAAUUUUAAUCAAUGAGUUGAAAAACAACAUUCUGUCUCCAUACAGUCUAUAAAAAAAUCUCCAAAAGGAAAAUAAAGAGAAAAUUAAUUUGAUGAAUGAAUUAAUUACUGAAUUACUCAAUUUGGUGAAGAUUAACGCUAAAAAGUGCAGUAAUUUGUAGUAUUUUACAGUUUUUAAACCGUAACAAUAUAGUGGUUUAAGUGUUCUCAAUCGUAAUCAUCGAAUGCUGUGUCUUAUAUAAACUAACAGUGAUUCAAAUCUUGAUAUCGACGGUACGCGUUUUGUUACUAUAUUUGAGAACACAAAACCGAGAUUGAAAGUUCUAGAAAAAGUUUACUCAACUUUGCAAUCAAUUUUGAUCUCACAGAAGAAGACGAGCUGUGAAUUGAGUUAGGCAAAAUGCAUUACCAAAGAGAAUACGAAUAUCCUCUGUACAAGCGAACUAAUCCGGAAGAAAUGCAAAUUGUACCGAAAGGCGUGUUCGGUAACAAACAGAAUUACAUAUGUCCUCAAAAAAUAUUACGCAGUCCUAUAGAAUACCAUCAGGCUGCUCCUAUCGAGUACAACCAGCCCAUGUACACACAUCACUUGAAUAUCAGAACACCGUAUCCGAAUCAACAAUUUUCCAGUCAAAAUAACAUCUGCGCCGGAAGCAGUAACGCGUUGUCUUAUUCCAGAACUAGUACAGAUGAUUUUCCAUUAUGGUUGAAAAUUUAUUCGAGAGCAUCGAUCGAAUGCGAUCAUAAAUUACAUUGGGAUAUGUUUAAUGUUAGGGAUUUAUAUUUUUUCGAUAAUGUAUUAGUGAAAUUGUACGAAUUAGAUCUCGAGGAAAUCAUUUUGUGGUACAAGUGUUACAAAAACGCUUUGCUUCGCGAAAUGGAUAAGCGACUGUUGAAAGCGAAUCAGCAAAGACAAAUGAUUUUAUUUUACAAUUCAUAAUCUUCUGGUUCCUCACUUGAAAAUUUUCCCCCGCGAAUGCUCUAUUGUUUUUUCAAACUUUUAAAAAUAUAAAUUGGGCUUUUCAACUUUAUGCGGAUUACAUAGCUUCAAGCGGAUUUGCCUGCCAGUGAGAUAAGAGCGAAUUUGAAAUAAAACAGAAUUUGGCAGUUUUGAAACGUUAAUUCGGUUUAUUGAUGAAUUUUAAUAUGUACUUGAAAUUCAUCGAUAAACAAAGCAAACAUUUUAAAAACUGUCAAAUUCUGUUUAUUUUCAAAUUUGCUCGUAUCUCGCUGGCAGGCAAAUUCGCUGGAAGCUAUGCAAUUCGCAUGAAGUUAAAAAGCUCAAUUCUACCAAUUUAAUGAGCUUAAGUGAUUUUUGCUUUCACUUGAUUUUUUUAUUAUUUAAUGUUUAUAAUUAUUGUAUAAUUUUUUGCAUUAUUUGUACGGUGCAUCAGUGAGAUAAUGUAUAUUGUUUAAUAAAAUUUAUUUUCUACAUA